ACGAUUAUAUGAGUCAUCUUUAGGAACAAUCAACUCAUCCUUUCUAAAUCUGUAAGACCUCUAAAAACCGAACAAAUUUAACAUACACACUUUCGUUUAUAAAUUGACAAACAAAUUUUCCACAAUGACUGACCAUGAUGAUAGUGGACGAUCGAAUGUUCCAGCUCUAACGUCAAUCAUGGACGACAUGUUCUUAAAGUUUCGGAUCAUAUCCGUGGAUGUGGAUAAGCUUCAGCGGGCCAAGACUCAAUUGGCCAGCAUCCAGCGCCGCCAGACCUUCUACAAAUUGUUUGGCUUCGACGAUGAGGGUAGCAUCGGUGGCAACGAUAGUGACGUCUGGGUUAUGCACUCCAAGUUCUCCGUAAAGUCUAGUGGAGACGAUACAGUUGAGGACAUGGGUAAUGAGGAGAUGAGUGAGGACCUGUGUAUGUUGCCCUUCGAGGAAGAUCGCUGGCAGAACUACUUUAGUGGAUUUGAGAUCCUGACCACGCCGCUGGCCACAGAUCCCAACGAGAACCGCAAAUGCAUCGAGCUGUCCGUGAAUGUAGCCUGUGGCCAGGGACUCCAAAAUUAUCUACUGAACGGUGUCCGCUGCUUCCUAAUAAAUCUCGCCAAGGGCACCCAGCACGGCAACCAGAGCCUGAUCGUCAAGUUGCGCGAGGCUGAGAUCAGUGUGUCGAAGGAGUUCGGCUUCCCGGUGGUGUCCUCCAUCAUAGCGAAGCUCUCGCCGCGCCACCAAUACACCGGCAGCUUGAGUCCCGCAGCUCUCAAUAAUGGUGAGUGCUUCGUGAACCUGGUAAAGGGUACCGAGGUCAUCCUGACGGUGGAUCGUAACUUCUCGGACCGGUGCACUGAGGAGACUAUUUAUGUUAACGCUCGCUUCCUCCUCGUCGAUGUGCGGCCCUAUGACUUUAUCCUGAUUGGUGAAGAAAUCCAGCUGAUGGUACGCAGUAGCGAAAUGGACGAACUCAAAUGUUGUGUGGCCAAGGGUGGAGCGCUCUACGAUUAUAUGCCUGUCCUGUUUCCGGCCAGAUGCAAUCGGUUCCAGGUCUCGUACGAGGAGCUCGAGGAUUUGACCUUUGCCCGCGAGGUGGGACUAAAUGUGGUCAUCUCUCAUAUUGUGGGCACUCCGGAGUACCUGGACGAUCUGGAGGAAUCGAUGGAGGUCAUGCACUGCGACGGCAUGCGACUGUACGCCAGGGUGCUCCUUAACGAGAUCCAGGGCUGCGACGGCGAACUCAACUGGGCCGCCAAACGGUACGAUGGCUUCCUGGUGGAGCUAGCCCCACCGACAAUCGUUCCGGACAUCAUGCACCUUUGUCCCGAUGCCGAGUGCUUUAUGCAGCUGGCUUACGAUUCGCAAAAGCCGAUCAUCUUCGAUCCGCGGCUAUUGGACGAGCAAAAGCUACGCGUAGAUCCGGCUCACUAUUACUAUGCAUUCUACUAUCCGGACAAGUACAUGGUUUACUGCCCUCCGCCUAAAGAAAACCACUACUUCCGUUUCCUGCAGAACGCCAUCUUCCAGCAGAUCGGCCCCACGGCGCUGGCCAAGGCUCCGUACUGUGAUCGCUCCCAUACGGGUGCGGAUAGCCUGGCGCGGUCGGCUGUCAUCGCCUCCCUGGAGGUGCAAGCGGUCGCCAUCGUGGUGAUUGGUGUAACCACAAGGAUGGUGCAGAAGGUCGCCCACUUCCGGCCCCAGGCACCGAUCAUCUUUGUCAGCCCUAUGCGCUCCGCCGAAGACUAUGUGACCAUCUACUACAACGUCACGAUGCUGCCCUUCUUCACCAAGCAAACUGUCGAGUACAAAAGGGACAUUUUGAUGAGGGCCACCUACGCAUUGGCCUUCUUGAUUAAGCGCAAGAUCGCAAGGCAAAACGAUCCCGUUGUCCUGGUGUACAACUAUGAGGAGACCACAACUUUCCCCGAAAAGUACAUCAUAUACAAGCUGGACCUGAAAAAUUUUACAUCGCAUUUGGGAAAAAGUCUAUUCCCAACGGACAAGGACAUAAAACCUAUUUCGGAGGCCUUAAAAUAAUUGAUAGCCGAAUUCGCGUCAGUUUAUGCAGAAGAUAAUUUAUUUGGUUUGGUGAAUAAUCGGAAUGUUAAUGUGUUGUUGCCUUAGAAUAUAUAAAACAGAUACAUUCGGAUACAUAAAGAUA